AUGGUGUUGCAAGAUCUCGGACGUCGCAUCAAUGCGGCGGUUUCCAACCUCACGCGCGAGCAGAAUCUGGACGAAAAGGAGAUUUGCGCCGCUCUGCUCGAAGCCGACGUCAACGUACGACUUGUUGGACAGCUCCGGAAAUCGAUCCGCGGCGCCGUCAACUUCAAAGAACUCCCGCCCGCCGUAAACAAGAAGCGUCUGAUUCAAAAGGCCGUUUUCGACGAACUGGUCAAACUCGUCGACCCCCAUGCCGAGCCCUUCAAGCCCAAGAAGGGCAAGUCCAACGUCAUCAUGUUUGUCGGUCUGCAGGGUGCUGGUAAAACAACGACAUGUACGAAGCUGGCGAGGCACUACCAGAGCAGAGGACUGCGGGCGUGCUUGGUUUGCGCCGAUACCUUCCGUGCUGGUGCUUUCGAUCAGCUGAAGCAGAAUGCGACAAAGGCCAAGAUUCCGUACUACGGUUCACUUACGGAGACGGACCCUGCUGCGGUUGCUCGAGCCGGUGUCGAGCAGUUCAAGAAGGACAAGUUUGAUGUCAUCAUCGUCGAUACGUCAGGUCGACACCGACAGGAAUCCGCCUUGUUCCAAGAAAUGAUUGACAUCCAGGCAGCAGUCAACCCAGACGAAACCAUCAUGGUGCUGGACGCAUCAAUAGGUCAGCAAGCCGAAUCUCAAGCCAAGGCUUUCAAGGAGGCUGCCGAUUUUGGUGCCAUCAUCAUCACCAAGACAGACGGUCACGCGCACGGUGGUGGUGCCAUUUCCGCAGUCGCCGCUACACACACACCCAUUGUAUUUAUUGGUACUGGAGAGCACAUGCUAGAUCUGGAACGGUUCGAGCCUCAGCGAUUUGUGCAGAAGCUAUUGGGAAUGGGCGACAUGGCCGGCCUGGUGGAGCACGUGCAAAGCCUCAACCUGAAUCAAAAAGACACAAUGAAGCACAUUCAAGAGGGUAUCUUUACAGUAAGAGACUUGCGAGACCAGCUUUCAAAUAUCAUGAAGAUGGGUCCCCUGUCAAAGAUGGCCGGCAUGAUUCCCGGUAUGAGCGGGCUGAUGCAGGGUAUGGACGACGAAGAGGGCGGUUUGAAGCUGAAGCGCAUGAUUUACAUCUGUGAUUCCAUGACCGACAAGGAACUCGACUCGGACGGCAAGAUGUUCAUCGACGAACCCACCCGAAUGACUCGCAUUGCUCGGGGAUCAGGAACCUCGGUUCGUGAGGUGGAAGAUUUGCUCACACAGCAGCGGAUGAUGGCCGGCAUGGCCAAGAAGAUGGGUGGCAACAUGAAGAAUAUGCAGAGAGCACAGCAGGCCAUGGGGGGCGGAAACAAGGCACAGCAAAUGGCUGCUAUGCAGAAACGACUACAGAGCAUGGGCGGCGCGGGCGGCGCGGGAGGCAUGCCGGAUAUGGGAUCAUUAAUGAAGAUGCUCGGUGGCGGGGGCAUGCCCGGCGGUAUGGAUAUGCAGGCGAUGAUGCGACAGAUGGGCAUGGGCGGUGGUAUGCCUGGUAUGCCUGGUAUGCCCGGCAUGCCCGGUAUGCCAGGAGCUGGCCGUGGUCGCAGGUAA